GGCGGCGCGGGCGCCUGAGGAGGAGGAGGAGAAGCGGAUGAGGAAACUGCAGGACUCGCCAGAGUCGCACACAGCUUCUUGGGCACAGAGCAAGCACAAGGCCAGGCCCUCCACUUCCUGCUCCUGCUUUGCCCUCACUCUCCGCUCUUCACCAGAGGCAGUAUGGUCCAAGGGGCACCAUGGGGCCUGACAGAGUGACAGCCCGAGAACUGUGCGAGAACGACGACCUGGCCACCAGCCUCGUCCUUGACCCCUACCUCGGCUUCCGUACCCAUAAGAUGAAUGUCAGCCCCGUGCCCCCCUUGCGGCGACAGCACCACCUGCGCUCAGCGCUGGAAGCUUUCCUGAGGCAGCGGGACCUGGAGGCUGCAUACCGGGCCCUGACGCUGGGAGGCUGGAUGGCCCACUACUUCCAGAGCCGGGGCCCGCGGCAGGAGGCUGCCCUCAAGACCCACAUCUAUCGCUACCUCCGCGCCUUUCUGCCUGAAAGCGGCUUUACCAUUCUGCCCUGCACCCGAUAUUCCAUGGAGACCAAUGGGGCCAAGAUUGUGUCCACCCGUGCUUGGAAGAAGAAUGAGAAGCUGGAGCUUUUGGUGGGCUGCAUUGCAGAGCUGCGGGAAGCGGAUGAGGGGCUGUUGAGAGCCGGUGAGAAUGACUUCAGCAUCAUGUACUCAACCCGCAAGCGGAGUGCCCAGCUGUGGCUCGGCCCUGCUGCCUUCAUCAACCACGACUGCAAACCUAACUGCAAGUUUGUGCCCGCAGAUGGGAAUGCAGCCUGUGUGAAGGUGCUCCGGGACAUCGAGCCAGGGGAUGAAGUGACAUGCUUCUACGGUGAGGGCUUCUUCGGCGAGAAGAACGAGCACUGUGAAUGCUACACCUGUGAGAGGAAAGGCGAAGGAGCUUUCCGACUACAGCCCAGGGAGCCUGUGCAGCAGCCACGGCCCCUGGACAAGUAUGAGUUCCGAGAAACCAAGCGGCGGUUGCAGCAAAGCCUGGUUGGCAGCCGGCAGAGCCUGCUGGGUCCUCAGGCCUGUGCCCACCCCUCUCCACUGCGGCAGGACCCAUUCUGCGAAGGAGCCCUUGGACCUCUGAGAGGGAGCAGACCCUGGACCCCAGCACAGAUCUGACCCUGGGAGGGGAUUGAAUUGGACAUCUCCAGGGAUCUGAACCCUGACCUUUUGUGACUGCUGACCCCUGAGCCAUCCCUACCCGUGAAGGGAGCUGUGGCCAUUUGCUGUCCUCCCUACCCUUGCCCCUGCCUCAGGACUGCAGGAGCCAUCCUCCUUCCCUCAUCCUCUCUCUCCCCAGGGAGCAAAGCCAUAAGGGGGUGGGGGCCACCCCAUGGCGUCUCCCCAGAAGCCCAGGCCUCAUGAGGAGGUGGAGCUGAUCCGGGGGGUGGCACUCCAUGGCGACUGCCCCCAUGGAGGAGAGUGGGUUUGCUCUCAGCCCUGCGCUGUCUGAGGUUGGCAGGGAGAAGGUUGGCAGGGGGAGUGUUUGGGGGCAUGUCCUCCUCACCGCCACUCCCCCCUCUGUGGGUCUCAGGGAGGCCGGGUGCGACCUCAUCUUUCUAUGGUGCUAUCCCUGGUGCUACUGGGGUGUGGGGGGCUCCCUCCCCUCCCCCACACCAGAACGGGGUAUGUUGGGGGAUUGAAAGCACUUGAACUUUUUAUUUUAUUAAAACCUUGUUAUAAGCAGUG